AUGGAGACUCUAAGCGCCGACGAUCACACUGCCUACCACGUAAACGCCAAAGUCUUCAAUGGCAACAUGGAAAAACACGAAAUCAAAGAAUACUAUUCCAAAUGGGCCCACCAAUAUGAGAAGGACCUUGCUCCUGGAAGAUAUAACGGACCAACAAUGGCCGCGGAGACAUGCGCACACUGCUUCAAUGAAGAUUACCGUGAGAAUGUGCGGGUGCUUGAUGUGGCAGCAGGAACUGGGGCCGUUGGUGAACAGCUGAUUAAAAAAGGCUUUAGCGACAUACACGCACUGGACCCAUCAGAAGGAAUGUUAGAAGUAGCAAAGUCUAAGAAUGUGUACACAAAAUUCUUAAAUGAAUACCUGACAGAAGAAAAGCUUCCGGUACCUGACGGUUAUUACAACUGCGUUACGUCAUCAGGAGGAAUGGGAGAUGGCCAUAUUCCCUGCGAGGCACUCUACGAAAUUAUCCGUAUUGUUAAAUCAGGUGGAUGUGUUGUGAUCGUAAUGAGAGAAGAAUAUAUUUACAAUGUACCAGAAUACAAGGACCGACUCGAACCUCUGAUGGAUCAGUUAGAGGCCCAAGGAAAGUGGACCAGGAUGGAGAGGCGUGUCGUUCCCAACUAUGCCUUCAAAAAGAGCGGACUUAUUUUUGUAUAUAAAGUACAAUGA